UUCGGUUGCACGGCAUGCCCUUGACUUCCUACGAGAGGUGAUACCCGACAAGCAGGAACAGGCAACCGGGAGGUCACUAAUAAUUCUGAAUCGAAGGGUAAUUUUGUCGCCAUGGGGCUCUUUCCAGACGAGGGAAAGUCUCUCCCUCCUCCCAGAAUCGCCAACAGGAAUUCGGUGUGGCUGGCUGGAGUCGGCUGGUUCUCCGCGAUGCUGCACAAUGCUAUGAACCACAGGCCGCCGCUAAAAUCAGGUGUUCAUCGGCAAGUCCUCCUGGCAACGAUUGGUUGGUUCAUCGGCUACCACAUUACAAAAUAUGAAAAUUACACUUUUGCCAAACUUGAUCGAGAUAUGAAUGAGUACAUCAGACAUCACCCAGAGGAAUUUGCAGAAAAGGAAAAAAAGACCUUCGCAGAGAUUGUCGAGCCUUUCCAUGCUGUGCGCUAAGUUAAGUGUCAGUGGCUGCUCACAUGAAAGAGGGAGGGAGAAAGAACAUUUGCAGACCAUCACCGGUCUUGUGCAGCCUUUUUUUGCAAUCUUCCUGUCAUAUAUUGUGUGAGAUAUAGCUAUGUAAAUAAAAAAAAUACCUAAAUUCAA